GUGUUUUCCUCCUCUGUGUCUUACUGCUAGCCUCUAUCCAGCGGCAGGCAAAGCGACUGCGAGGCCGUAAUGUGCACUUUGAGAGCGUCACUGUGUACUAUUUCACACGGCGACAGGGCUUCACCAGCGUUCCCACACAGGGUGGUAGCACCCUAGGGAUGUCCCCACGCCACAGCGGCGUGAAGCGCUUCACCCUCAGAGAGUUCGCCAUGGAGCAGAAACGGAGCCAUCGGAACAUGCUGAGGGAUCACCUGAAAGAGGAGAAACUCAAUGCCAUCAAACUGAAACUAACCAAGAACGGCACGGUGUCCUCCAUGGAGGCUGAAACUUUGACUCUAGAUGACAUCUCAGAGGACGACCUAGAUGUGGACAACACGGAGGUGGACGAUUACUUCUUCCUCCAGCCUCUGACCACCAGGAGACGACGCGCGCUUCUCCGGGCCUCAGGGGUCCGCCGCAUCGAUGUGGAGGAGAAGCAUGAGCUGCGGGCCCUGCGGAUGUCUAGAGAGGAGUGUGGGUGUCGCUGCCGGGGGAUCUGUGACCCGGAGACCUGUGCUUGCAGCCUGGCCGGCAUUAAGUGCCAGGUGGACCGCAUGUCCUUCCCCUGCGGCUGCACCAAGGACGGCUGCAGCAACAACGCCGGGCGGCUGGAGUUCAACCCGGUCCGCGUGCGCACCCAUUUCCUGCACACCAUCAUGAAGCUGGAGCUGGAGAAAAGCCGAGAGGAGCAGUACCAGCAUCAGCAGACCGAGCAGCAGCUUGUUACCAGUGGCAACGGUUACCAUGGCGACACCCCCUUGAUCCAGCAGCAGCAGCAGCAGCAAACCCCUCAGUCUCUAAAGAUGAGCAAUCCCAUCAUGCACCUCCAGAACACAGGUGAGGUUGAUUUGCAUCUGGACGAAGAUGAGGAAGAGGAUGAAGAGGAGGAGGAGGAAGAUGAUGAAGAGGAGGACGAAGCUUACGAUGACGGCAGCAGUGUUUGCAGCGGGCUGUCGGACUGCAGCACACACAGUCUGGAAACUCUAGACACAGAGGAUGGAGAUGAAGACGAGGAGGAGGAUGAAGAGGACGAGGAGGAGGAUGAUGAAGAGGAGGAUGAGGAGGAAGACUGGGACUGUUCAAUGCAUGGACUGAGCCCCCCCUCAUACUCUGUCCCCCUCCCCUCUGUCCUGAGUUAUACCAACAGCUCACUGGUGAGCCUCAGUACCCCCUUUCACAGCACUCCCCCCAUGCAGCACUAUCAGACGGACGGCUCCAUAAACCCCCCGCCUGCGUUCCUGGGGGAUAACCUGAACGUUACACCCAUGCUCCCCUCAGUCGAAUCUGCUCUGGAGUCGGAAAUCGGCAGCGAACUGCACCGGCAAACAGAGCAGCAGAGCCCCUUCUCUGAGCCCUGCUCACAUGGAGACACGCGUGAGCACAGCGCUGCCCCCAGCGGCACUCCUGACCAGCAACCUCGCUCCACAGGCCUCCAGAAGAAUCCAGGCUGUGACUCACAGGCAGGAGGAGAAGAGGAGCCUGGAGAGGAGCAAGCAGGGCAGGGGAUGCAGGGAGACAUCAGUCAGACAGCAUCAUCAGAGAAUAACUGCUGAGCUGCUGUUAGGACAUCUUUAGACAUGAAAUUGUGAAAAUAUAUUCCUCCUCCUCAGCUUCUUUGUCACAAACACACAUGCUUUAAGAUCAAACUAAGUCUUAAUAACAAUAACUGCAACUUGAGUAAAUACAAAAUACAGUUUUCAAAUGAAUUCAUUCUAAUAGGGAGGAAAAAAGGCCAUCCUAUGAGUCACACUUAAGCUGGGUUCCUAUUGGACAAAUUACUCCAAGAGCACAUCAACCACCCAGAAUGAAAUUAAUCACUGCAGCAGGGAUGGAGAAUAUGGAAAUGUUUUUACUAACUUUACGGUUACUUUUAGCAAUAACAAGAAAAAUGGCAAUAAAGGGAUUCGGAAAAUUAGGAAGGUAAGGCAUAAAAUAAAAUAAAGGUACCCAUUAGAAGAAUGAAUUUGUAUUUACUCAGCUUACCUUUGUCUGUUAUUUAUAUUUCCUGGAUGAUCUGAAACGUUCAAGUGCAACAAAAAACAGUUAAAAACAUUAAGGUGGUAAAUCACUGUAACUAUAAACGUUUGCUCUAUUGUUGAGAAGCAAACGUUGAAGGACUGUCACUUAUUUUGACUCAGAAAGCUCUGCUUUUGAUUCAUUCCCGGCAAAAGUCGUGAGCAAACCUAAGACUCAAUAACGAGAUCCGGUCUGUAACUCUGAAUCUGCGCUGAUGGUUUUAUAAUUCCCAAAUUCUGUUUUAAAGGUUUUAAAGGAACUGCCGCAUGCUUAUCUGCUUGUUUUGGCAUCUGUGACAAAUCAGAGCAGGAUUUGGAGGUGCUUGUAUUGUUUUGGUAUUUUCCGUUGUGCUGCCCGUCGCUGCUAAUGUUUCUGAAAUGCUUCUCUGUACCGCAUGAGUUCAGUUUACUAAAGGUGUUCCUCGGUGUGCUCAUUCCGUUGCAGUUCAAACACAAACCCAUCUACUGUAAAGAGAUGCAUUAAUCCUGUCAAUAACUAAGCAGUGCUUUGCAAAACUAUUCACACAGGCUGAACCUUUCAUAUUCUGUCACUUUAUAACCACAAACUUCAAUCUUUCCUGCCUCUGAGGAAAAGUACCCCACAGCAUCAUGCUGCCACCACCAUGUUUCACAGUGUGAAUACUUGCUUUAUAGAGUGUUUGUUUUCAAGCUUUUUUUUUUUUUUAUAAACAAAAAACACUAAAAGUUCCUUCUUUUUGGUCUAUUACAUAAAAACACAGGUAAAUACAUCUAAGUUUGUGGUGUUAUCAUGACAAAAUGUGUAAGAGUUCAAAGGUUAUAAAUACUUCUGAAAGGCUAUAUAUCCUGAACCAUAUCAUUAAAGUGUCCUGGUUGUUUUCCAAUGA